CAUUAAAAGGUUUGCUAGCAUGGUAUGUAUCUCGAGGAUCCGCCUAUUCCUUUUGUAGCGUGCUUUCCAUUUUUUGAACGCAAGAUAUUGCAAUACUUCUCAUGCCCUGUUUCAGAUUCUGUGGAGGAUCGUGGGAGAGGGUGAUAUGGAGAACGGUGCAGACCAACUGAAGAAAGAGGGGACUCAGGGGAGAGGGAAAGAAUAAGAUGCAGAACAGCGGAGAGGAGCAGAGUCUCGUGAGCCAAGAUAAUGGUUUGUCGAUCAGCGAUACAGAGGGGCGCGGCGUUUUGGAGGAAGAGCUCAGCUGGGCCAGAUUGGAGAGGCAGAAGGUCCUCGCCUUGUCCGCGGAGGCUGACGAAGCCAUCUGGCAUCUGGCCGCACUUGCCCGGCGAACCAUGCAAGAAAGGGACGAGGCGAGGAACCAGGCGAGGAUGCUGCUCGCGGGGUUCCAGGCGAGGAACGCCCAGACGAUGAUGCCUCCCCGAACACCAUGCUCCAGGUCCAGGGUUGCAGGGCCUGGAGCGUUCGCCGCCACCGGCUACGGCCAGAGCCAGGCCCUUGCUCCCACCGCGUUCGGGCCUCCCGGCAACGCGGCGAUGCAGGGGCACUACGCCCGGGCCGGAGCCGGGUUCUGCGUCGCAUCAUCCUCCACCGGCUUCGGCCACACCAGCCUCGCCUCGCCGCUGGACGCGUACGCCGCUCACCCAGCUCUGCACUGCUUCGCUUCCUCGAGCCAGGAUCACUUCGACCCUGACAUGUUCCUGGUGGACGUCGCGGAACCGCCGCAAGAUGCCGUUCCGGCGGCUGCGGGCUCCAGCCAGGAGGGAGGCUCCGGCGCGUAUGGUCAGAUCGCCGAGCCGAGGCCGUUGCAAUGGAAAGGAAAAUCAGCAGCUCAAGAUGCUGUCCUUCGUGCUGCUGCAGGCCAUGGCCAUGGCCAUGCUCCCUAGUUUCUAGGUCGGGCUCUGUGCACUGCUCACAUGAUCAAGUUUGUUCAGCAGGUUGUUAGUACUUA